CGGGGUUAUCUACGGAAGAAGACUGAAGUGGGAUGCAGUGAUGUAAACCACCGAUAGGAACAGGACCGAAACAACUGCACCAGCGGUGCCCACAGAGAAGCAGGGAGAACGAAACCAUGGUGGGCCUGAGAAACCGGUCGACGUGGGCCCCACUGCUCCUCAAGGCCUCCUGCAUCAAGUCCUGUGCCAAUGGUUGUUCUCUGGGUGUCACCACACACCUCACAUAUGCCAACACAGACACAGAACCAGUGGAGGGUGUGUUUGUGUACCCGCUGGGGGAGAAGGAGGUGGUGGUGGGCUUUGAGGCAGUGAUCGCCGGCCGGAUGGUGGGGGUCCAGAUCCAGAGCCGGGGCAAGCUGGAGGACUGCUGUCUAGACUGCUGCCCAGGACUGGGGCUGGAGGGCAGGUGUGGCGACGGACGGGAGUGGAGCUGCUGUGGGAGCUCCAGCCUUGACAUGCAGUGUACCAACGGUCAUAUAAUUCUAGAUAAGGACCUGGAGCGAACCACCUUCAUUGUAGGCACGGGGGUCAUUGGCCCGAUGGACAUAGUAUCUGUCAUCAUCAGCACCACCAUGGAACCCUUGACCUUGGAGAGUGGCGCAAUCCGCCUUGUCUAUCCCACAGUACUUACUCCCAUUGCCACAGGACGGUUGACGGCAAGCAAAAGUGAAAAUGGGGGGAAAUCAGAUGACCCAGGGCCCACCAGUUGUUUCGGAGCCACCUCAGGGAAACAGGAGAGGGUUCUGGGGUCGGAACAACACUGUGCCCAUGCCAUCUUCACCAGCCCCGCCACCAACCUGGCACCCUAUGAGCUCAACUUCCAGCUACUGGUCCGAGGGGCAUGCCUGCUGGCUGGUCUGGAAAGCCCCACCCAUGCCCUGAGGGCGGAUGCAGACCCCAGCGCCCAGAGUGCCUCUGUCACCUACAUCACGCUGGCACAGGAGCACCCAUACGACAGACACAUAGAGAUCAUACUGCACCUCAGUGAGCCACACAGUCCAUUGGUCAUCUUGGAGAGGGGUCGGCUCACCUUCAGCCAAUACGAGAAGCAGACCUGUGCCCGCCGCGACUUCAUUCGGUUUGCUCGCAAAGAAGCAGAACCAGAGAAAAGGUUGGAGUUUGUGAGAAAGAGGUACCACAAGGACAUCCUGAACAGUCCUGUCCUGAUGCUCAACUUCUGCCCUGACCUGCUGUCAGAGCCUCCGGAGCUACAGCGCGCCACCAGAGAGCUGCUGUUCCUCAUAGAUCGCAGUGGCAGCAUGAGCGGCGUCAACAUCCAGCGCAUCAAGGAAGCCAUGGUGGUGACUUUGAAGAGUCUUCCUCCAGGCACCAUGCUCAACAUCGUAGGUUUCGGCACCACCACCAAAACCCUGUUCACCAACAGCAAGCUCUGCACAGACGUGACCCUGGCCCAGGCUUGUGAGUAUAUCCAGAGGAUGAGGGCUGACAUGAGGGCCACCAACCUGUUGGGGGCACUGUCCUGGGUCUAUCAGCAGCCCGUGCAGCGAUCCUGCCCCCGCCAGGUGUUCAUCAUUACGGAUGGCGGUGUCAGCAGUGUGGGCAAAGUGCUGGAGCUGGUCCGCAGGAACUCCUGUGUUGCCAGGUGCUUUGGUCUUGGCUUGGGCCCCCGAGCCUGUAGAAGGCUUUUACAGGGUGUUGCCAAGGUGACAGGUGGAACCACAGAGUUCUUAAGUGAUGAAGAGAGGCUGCAGCCCAAGCUAAUCAAGUCCCUGAAGAAGGCCUUUGAGCCAGUCCUGACGGAUGUACGUAUCGACUGGUAUCUUCCUGAUAACAUGGAGGCUCUCCUGUCACCCAAUGAGAUCCCUCCCCUCUACCCUGGGAAUUGCCUGAUUGGCUACUGUACCCUGUAUGAUGUGUCCAGUUUCAGCGGCAAGAAGCCUGAGGGGCGUAGUAAUGGCGAGAAGGGCAUGUCUCGGGACUCAGUGGGUUCUGUGUUCGGCCAUUCAAACGAUGAGGUGUCCUCUCCCCUAUCGUCUGAGCUCCUCCCUCUGGUGACAUCGUCAGAUUGUCCAGACCUAGACGAUGCGCUGAGGGAAAUUUCACGAGAAAUUUCCUCCGAGUUCUCCUGCGCCAAAGACACUGAGACUGUGACCAGUACAGGUGGGGAAGUGGAGUGGUCCAGUGAUGUUCUACAGAGGAUCCAGGAGAGUUCCUAUGUUCAGGAGCAAUAUGUUUUGACCCGCUGCUCCCUGAGCAGUGAGAAGGGACUCCACUACACACACAGUUAUACCCCCUCCGUCUCAAUGAGUGGCCCCUACCCCCCAGACCCCAUCCCCACCCCCUACAUGGACACUGGCUCUCUGCCGCAAGGCCUCGAGAAGAUGGAGCAGAGGAGCACCCUGUCCCGCUGGAGUGAUUCAGCAUGGCAACAGACCUCCUCAGAGAACACAGAUUUUGUAUCAAAGAAGGCAGGGCGUCAUGGAGCGGAGGAGUCUCGAAAGAGACAGAGAGCUCUGGCUCGCUCUGCCAUGUCUGCGAGGAGUUUCUCCUCCCCGCAGGGCGAGCUGGACAUGCACCGCCUGCGGAGGGCGCUGGAGAGGGUCUCUUUUGACCAGGCGGUCGGUGGGAGGCUGGAGGAGAGCGAUGGGGAAAGCCAUCCUACACCCAGGGAAGUGUUGUCCCGCAGGAGCUUCUCCGAUUCCAGUGGCCUGCUGUUUCCUGUCUCUCCUCUAGACUGGGACAGCUUCACUGACCCGGAGUACCUGUUCACCGCCGCCCACCCGGACGACCCCCCCACACCCACCGCCCAGUGCCGUUCCCUCAUCCACGGCCUCCUGGGGGGCAGGCCCAUGUCCUGGGAGGUGGCUGUGGACCUGACCCCGCUCUGGGCGCCUGAGAGCCAAGGGACACCUGGGGGAGGAGAGGGAGCAAUCUGGGAGGAGAUCAUCCACCAACUGACCGCUCGUUCUGCCAUCCGGGACUUUGAGAAGAUGGCGGAGAAGGAAAGUGACAUUGAGCACGGGCCCGCUAAGCGGUACCGUAUGAAGGCCAUCCAGACCAGUAAGAGCUGUAAAAUCAUCUGUAUGUACACAGCCUUUACUGCCACUGACACCAACACCAGCAAGGGUCCGUUAGAAACUGCGGAAGGGAGGAUCACAGGGGUGCGUUUGGGGACUAGACUGAGCCCCCAGUCAGGCAGUCGUAGACACAGGGACUAUUCUGUGGGACUGGGCCGACACCACUCCAGCAGAGACAGUGAAGAGAUGGAGGACAACUGCAACUCCACAGACAGGGACGAUACUCCUACCUCCCCCUGCAGUCUGAAGUCUUGGGACAGCAACCCAGGGGGCAAUACCUACCCUGCCAGUCCCUCAGCCGUGUCCGGCACUUUGUCCAGCCGCACCCAACGCUCAGCGGAGAGCAAGUCUAUGGAGAGCUUCUUCGGUUCCAGGUUCCCUCUUGGGAGACUGAGGUCAUCCAACUCCUCAGGGAAGCAGGUUCCUCUAAAGGGCCACUGUCUGUCGGCUGAGGCAGAGAACCACACAGACACGGACACUCCUGACUACCUGCCUCUGGUACGUCUUCAGCUGGCCUCAGGGGCCUUCCUCCUCACAGAGGUCUACUCUGACUGCAUCCAGAUCCCCCUGGACCGCCUGAAGAGGGCGUCGCCCUAUGGCUGUCACCGCAGCAGCCUCAGCCCGCCCUUCCGGUGCACCUCCCCCCCCACCGCGCCCUCACCCCUCCCAUCCACCGCCAACACUACGGUCAAGCCCCCAGCUGGUAACCUCCUCCACCUGGGCGCCUCCUCCACCCGCUUCUUGACCUCCACCAAGUCUACCAGCCCCCCCCAUUACCGCACCUCCUCUCCCUCCAACGCGUCCUCCACUAGUGCCAAGCCGUCAGUUGGCCCCCACAGUCCAGACGACCUUCCCCUGAACCCAGAGCCACGCCUCCGCGGGAGUCGCAUCCCUGACCGGGUCCGGGAGCCCCUGGUCCCUCUCCCCGUCCCACCUGGCCAUGAGGAAGGUUUGCCUGAGAUGCCAGGUGGCCCCCCCCCACAGACCACCCAGCCACAGGCGGACAGCGGCCGCGGCUCAGAGACGGACAUCUGGGAGGGCCCUCCGUUGGAUCCGGCAGCUCCAGAUCCGCAGGGGAGCGACCUGCUGGCUCAGGGGGACCCGGAGGGCUCAAGCUGGGCGACGGCCGUGGCCCUGGCCUGGCUGGAGCACCGCUGUGCAGGCUACUUCAUGGAGUGGGAGCUGGUGGCGGCCAAAGCCGACUUCUGGCUCCGGGGCCAGCGGCUUCCGGAGGGGGUGGACUUGGCCGGGCUGAAGGGGGCUGCCAGGCAGCUGUUCCUGCUGCUCCGUCACUGGGAUGAGAACAUCCAGCUCAACAUGCUCUGUUACAAUCCCAACAACAUGUGACCACAUUCAGUCACCACGAUGAAACCUGACCAAUAUGUGAAAGUACUUCUUACGGCCAAUGACAUGAUGAUGUGAUGGUAUAUCCCUAGCAA